AUGUCAAAUUCAACAUUAUCAUCUUUAUCUUAUUUUAUUCUUGGAGCUUAUUUGCAUGUUGGAAAAUUAAGAUACUUUUGUUUUAUGAUAACCGCUUUGCUUUACAUUGUUAUUGUUGUUGUCAACACAUCUCUCAUUGUGAUUAUCUGUAUGAACAGAAGCUUACAUGAACCUAUGUACAUAUUUCUGUGCAGCCUGGUUGUAAAUGAACUGUAUGGUAGUACAGGGUUGUUUCCAAUGCUUCUGGUUCAGAUUCUCUCUGACAUUCACACUGUUCCUGCUUCAUUUUGUUUCCUGCAGAUUUUCUGUGUGUAUUCUUAUGGAAGCGUAGAGUUUUGUAAUUUAGCCGUCAUGUCUUAUGACAGAUAUCUCGCUAUCUGUUGUCCUCUGCAGUAUCACACACGUAUGACAUUUAACAAGGCGGUUGUGUUUAUUGCUGUAAUAUGGCUGUACUCUUUUGUUAAAUUCUUGAUUACUUUAUCCUUAAACAUCCGUUUACCGCUUUGUGGAAACGUCAUGAACAGUUUGUAUUGUCAUAACUACCUUGUUGUUAAGUUGGCAUGUUCUGACACCAAAGUGAACAACAUUUAUGGACUUUUUGGGAUUGUCCUCACCAUUUUAGUCCCUCUGCUCCCAAUCCUUUUCUCUUACAUGAAAAUUCUUAAAAUCUGUUUUUCUGGUUGCCGACAGACCAGACAGAAAGCUUUCAGUACCUGCACACCUCACCUUGUUUCUCUGUUGAAUUUUUCUUUUGGCUGUGUGUUUGAAAUAGUUCAGAGUAGAUUUGAUAUGAGCAGUGUACCCAGUGUGCUGCGAAUCAUUCUCUCACUGUACUUUCUCAUUAUACAGCCGCUUUUGAAUCCUAUCAUGUAUGGACUGCAAAUGACUAAAAUACGAAAAACAUAUAAACAUCUGUUCUGUUAUAAGAUGUUGACUGGUUUCGAGGAGUCAAACACAGACACCAUCAUCAAGAAGGCGCAGCAGAGCAUGUACUUUCUGUUCCAGCUCAGGAAGCUCAACCUACCUAAGGAGCUACUGAUCCAGCUCUACAUUGCCAUUAUUCAGUCUGUAGAUCCAUCAGUGUCUGACUGUGAGCGCAGUGUGCUGCUGGAGCUAACAGAUCCGAUUGAGUGGAUGAAGUGGUGGGGAGUUUACAUGGCUGCGUAA